GAGGGGGAGCUGCCGGCGCUGGGUCUCCACGGGGCACUGGCCGGAGCGCUGAAGUUGGAGGGGGUGCGCGGCCCCCGGUGCGGGAGCAGCCCAUGAGCCCAGGCCGCUGUCCGACAUGGCGAGCGCCAUCUACGACACCCUCCUGGAGAGCCCGGACGGGGCCAGCGCCGACGCCGGCUGGUCCCUGCCCUACGCACUGGGCUUCCAGGUGUCGCUCACCAGCUUCCUGCUGCUGGAGAUCCUGCUGGGCUGCAGCAGCAACCUGACGGUGCUGGCGCUGUACUGCUCGCAGCCCGGCCUGGUGGACUCGGUCAGCACCGUGGUGACCAUGAACCUGCACGUGCUGGACACGCUGGUGUGCCUGGUGUGCGCGCCCCUGACCAUCGCCGUGCUGCUGCUGGCGCCGGAGCACAACGGGCCCCUGCUCGGCUGCUUCCACGAGGCCUGCGUCACCUUCGGCAGCGUGGCCACCGCCGCCAACGUGCUGGUCGUCAGCCUGGACCGAUACGACAUCUCGGUGCGGCCGGGGCGCCGGGUGCUGACGCCCAGCCGCGCCGCCCUGCUGCUGGCCGCCGUCUGGCUGCUCUCGCUGCUCGGCUUCUUCCUGCCCUUCCUGGAGCUGGAGAUACUGCGGGGCCCCCGCCCGGCGCUCUGCCUCCGCGUCCCCGGGCCCCAGGCCGAGCUGGCCACGUGCUACCACCUGCUGCUGCAGAUCCCGGCCUUCACCGCCGCCGGGGCCGUCAUGCUGAUGACCUACGCCCGGGUCCUGCGGGCCCUCGAUAUCCGCCUGGGUGGGCGCCGCUCCCGCAGCCAGCGCCGCCGGAGCAAGCGCCGCAAGCGCCGGAAAGCGGCGGAGCCGGGUGCCAGCGCGGGAAAGGCCCAAAGGCCGGUGCAGGUGCCGCCGGCGCUGCCCCCCCAGCCCAUGCGGGUGCAGGCCUCGGUCUCGGUGAUCGUGGCGCUCCGGCGGGCCGUCAGGCGGCACCGCGACCGCCGGGAGCGCCAGAAACGGGUCUUCAGGAUGUCGCUCGUCAUCGUCUCCACCUUCCUGGUGUGCUGGGCGCCCAUCUCCAUCACCAACCUGCUGGUCCUGUGCCUGGGGCCCAGCCGCCUGCUGCUCCAGCUGCGCCUCUGCUUCCUGGCCCUGGGCUACGGCACCACCGUCUGCCACCCGCUGCUCUACGCCUUCGCCCGCCAGAAGCUGCGCGCCGCGCUCCGCAGCAAGCUGAAGAAGCGGGUGGUCUCAGCGCUGCAGGUGGAUCCUGUGCCUGGGGGCACCGUCACCCACAACUCCUGGGUGGAGCCCCACAAGGGGCGCCGGGCCCGGCCCGUGGGCAGCGCGGGGGCCCAGGGGCUGCGGGAGUGA